AAUAUAUACCCUUAGGUUACAUUCAGUGCAACUCUUAGCAUCCAGCACAGCAGUGGAAGAGUUUUAAUUCAUUGUUUUAAGUUUGCAUUUAUAAAGCAUUCCAUGUUUAGCCAGACGGUCCGAUAACAGCCGGGGAGGAAGCACAGAUGUCUUCGGCCGAUCAACCCCCCGGAGCAGACGACGUGUCGAGUUCGCUACCAGGAGCUUUCCCAGGAAACGGUCAAGACUCAGCAGCGACGCCCAACCAACAGAGUUUGGCCGAAGGCGUGUACGCCAGACGCCAUGAGUUCGUGCGACCGCGAUCUCUGCGUAUCCGCGUCGGCUCGUGGAACGUAGCUGCCUUGAAAGGCACGGAGCAAGAUCUUGGGGACUGGUUUAUCGACGGAAAAGGAGUCACGGAAUCAUUAGGCGGCCUGUCUGCCACGACUUCACGGGAAGAGCAUGGAAGCCAUUCAGAAAACGGCCCGGAGGUCGAGAAUGUGGUCAACCAAGAGCUUCGAAGGACGCAGAAAGAGUCAACCGUGCCGAGGAACGACGACGGCGUUCCCCCCAGAGGGGAUGAAGUUGGGCUUUACGUCCUUGGCUUGCAGGAGGUCGUGGAUGUCGCCAGUCCCACGGAAAACAUUCGACCGUAUACCGACCCCGGUCCGGCGAACAAGUUCAAGAGUGCCAUCGAGGCCGGGCUACCGGCUGGAUACGAACUGGUGGCAGAGCAGCAGCUGAUUGGCCUUCUUCUCUUGAUAUACGCAGCUCCUGACGUGGCGCCGGAGCUAAAGUCCAUCAGCACCACAUCGGUGGGGACCGGACUGAUGGGAUACAUGGGCAACAAAGGUGCCGUUACUGCCCGAUUGGUUCUUGGAGAAACUACUCGACUGGUUUUCAUCAAUUGUCAUCUUGCAGCUGGCGCUGAUGGCGCUGCCUUGGAGCGCAGGAACUGGGACUUUGGCCAGGUUAUGAGUCGGACGCGUUUUGAUCCCAUUGACGACGUUUUUGGCUUUCAGCAUACCAAUGCCGAAUCGAUCGGCGACGAAGAUUUUGCAUUCUGCUUUGGCGACUUUAACUAUCGACUGGACGGCACGCCUGGCGAAGACGUCCGGAGGCUUCUGAUGCUUCACACGCGAAAUGAGUACGAUUUGGGGAAGUACGACGCCUCCAAGAACGAAGAGGAUAUCCGGAACCUGGGAUCCGGAGACCGGCCCAAAUCCCGCGCUCGACUAUCUUCUAAGCUCUCUACGGUUGGGAUCGCUGGCGAGCCCCGCAGCGACGAGAAACAGGAUUCAGCCCUGGAGAUUCCCCAUGAUCUCGAUCCAUCUUCGCUCCAAGCCACGCUCGCCUCUUUACUGCCUCAUGACGAGCUUCAGCUGCAGAUGAAGGCAAGAAAAGCGUUUCACGACGGUUGGAAAGAGGGGCCAAUCAGAUUUCUGCCAACGUACAAGUAUGAUGUGGGCACUGUCGGGGAUUUCGACUCCAGCGAGAAAAGGAGAUGUCCUAGUUGGUGCGACCGGGUCGUCUAUCGUACCAGGAAAUCAAAGCUCGACUACGACUCCCAAAUUAAAGAGGAACAGGAGUCAAAGAAGCGGGACGAGGAGAUGAAAUCUCGUGGUGUCGACGACACUUCCGCAGAUGAAGGUGUUCUUUGGGACUACGACCCUGAUGCGGACGGAGAUGCGGGCAGUUACGAUGAGGACGCUGGCUUGGCCAUGGAGCGGGUGAUGACGAGAGAAGGCUUUGAAGAUACGAUUACGCUUGAGGCAUACGGCUCGCAUCAACGAGUAUUGUCCUCUGACCACAAGCCGCUCGAAGCCAUCUUUUUGAUCAAAUACGACUCGGUCAUACCAGAACUGAAAGCCAAGGUCCACCAGGAAGUCGCUCGGGAGUUGGAUAGGGCUGAAAACGAGGGACGACCGACGGUGACCGUCUUAACCGACCCCUCCUCGGGCGACAACGAGGAUGAGGAACUCUCGGAUACUAAUCCACAAAACGCCGAUAGCAUAAACUUUGGAAAGGUCCGGUAUGGGCAAUUGCGGAGACGCCAACUCACCGUUGCCAAUACGGGGCAAGUUCCUGCGCGGAUCUCGUUCGUCGAUCGAGCCGUGGCGGAAGGGCAAUCCAGAGGUAGUACACCCCCCUGGCUUGUUAUUGGAUUCGACCGUGACCCGGAACCUAAUCCCCCUGCUUCGGCCGUCAGAAACGGCCUAGGACUGAAAACUUACCUUCUAGAACCCGGCGAAGCCACAACCGUGGUCCUGAUCCUCCGCGUGGACAACACGGAUCUCGUCAAGGCCCUCAACAACCACACCGCCACUCUGGACGACGUGCUCAUUCUCCGCGUUGAGAACGGCCGCGACCACUUCCUCCCCAUCCACGGCCACUGGCUCCGCUCCAGUCUCGGCUCCACCGUGGACAAGCUCAUCCGCAUCCCCGAAGGCGGCGUGCGCAAGCUCCAGCGCCAGAAACCGCACGGCAGCGGCAGCUCCAAGUCGUCGCGGUCAAGCGGAGCGUCCGCGUCCGGCGGCUCCGGGUCGGCACCCGCGACGGAUCCCCCGGGGGUAAAGUGGUCGACACCUCGCGAAUUAUUCCGGCUGACGGAGGCGCUAGAACACAUGAUCCAGCGGUCGCUGGCUGAGUUUGAUAUGAUUGCAGGCACAGACGAUGUGGCACCGUGGAUCGAGAAUGCGGCGUGGCCGUUCCAUGAGGACUCCUGGACCUUCCAGGACGAGGAGAAGAGGAAGGAGAUCUUGUGGAAGAUUCAGGAUGCCGUGGAUUGCGAUCAUGGCUUUGAGAAGGCCUUCUCGCUGGAGGACACAUCGAUUCGCAAGGCUGAAUGCCUAGCUGAUGCGCUCCUUACCUUCCUUCGAAGCAUGGAUGACGGUCUCGUCACCACGUCGCGGUGGGAGGCCCUGGAACUCACCAUGAUCUCCCACGAGAAGGCAAAGAAACACCGCAGCCUCGAGGAGGACCGCGCCUCGUUCCUCGAGAGACUGGCCGAGGCGCCGAUCCACAACGCCUCGUUCUUCCUCCUGACCACCAUGCUCUCACGCAUCAUCUCGGAAGUCGUCUCCGCGUCCAAAAGCCGUCAUAGGGCGUUGCCACACCCGAUCGAGCUCCCCGCGAGCCCGAGGGUGAGUCGGCGGAGGAAGACGCUGAGCGCGGACCCGGUUGAGGCGAGAAAGCAGCUGAUGGAACUCAACUAUGCGACGAUAUUCGCAGAGGCGGUGGUGAGGCCUUCGACGAUGGCUAGCAAUGCAAAGCACAAGUCUAGCCAUGAGCGGAAGGCAAGGUUCAUCGAGACGUUCCUGAGAGGCUGAGCGGUGCUCCCAGGAGCGUUCAAGGACAGUAGGGCUAUCUUCCUGGAUAACAUGACACCCCCAUGUUUAGUUUUGAAAUAGGCUUUGACUUAUUGAUUAUCCCGUAUUAUCAUCUAGCGGAUAAAUGACCUUGCUCGACAU